CUCAUGAUCUUGACACUGAAAGUUUUUUUUUUACAAUUUCCCAGAACUAUUAAGAAACAUUCCCCAAUUUUACAGGAAAGUUGAAGUUUAUAUUUCCUUUUUCAACUUCUAGAGAAGUGGGGGAAGAUAAAACUGGACAGCCAGGGAGACCACAUCUUCAUACUGUGUGUGACUUUCCAGCUACCUGCAGUAGCCAACAUGUCUUGGGUCCUACUUUCUGUCUUCUGGCUCAUUAUUCAAACACAAGCAAUAGCCAUAAAGCAAACACCUGAAUUAAAGCUCCAUGAAGUAGUUCGUCCUAAAAAACUACACGUUUUACACAAAAGGGAGAUUGAGAACAACCAGACAGAGAAGCAAGGUGAAGAGGAAAGAUAUGAACCUGAAGUUCAGUAUCAGAUUAUGUUAAAUGGAGAAGAAGUCAUUCUUCAUCUACAAAAAACCAAGCAUCUGCUGGGGCCAGACUACACUGAAACAGUUUACUCACCCAGAGGAGAGGAAAUCACCACACACCCUGAGGACGUGGAACAUUGUUACUAUGAAGGAAACAUCCUAAAUGAAAAGGAUUCUGUUGCCAGCAUUAGUACCUGUGAUGGGUUAAGAGGAUACUUCACACGUCAUGAGCAAAGAUAUCUGAUAAAACCUCUGAAAAGCUCCAACCAGAAAGAACAUGCUAUCUUUGUAUAUAGCCAAGAGGAACUAGACCCAACUAAUGAGACAUGUGGUGUGAGGAGUGUUGACAGGAAACAAGGCCUGGUUCGAACCUCUAGGUCCCUGGAAAACUCAGAGCAAGAUUUCCUUCGAGCACAAAAAUACAUUGAUCUCUUCUUGGUGCUGGAUAAUGCCUUUUACAAGAACUAUAAGGAGAAUCUAACGCUGAUAAGAAGCUUCGUGUUUGACGUGGUGAACCUCCUCAAUGUGAUUUAUAACACCAUAGAUGUUCAUGUGGCCUUGGUAGGCAUGGAAAUCUGGUCUGACAGUGAUAAGAUAAAGGUGGUGCCCGACACAGGCACCAUCUUUAACAACUUCCUGAAAUGGCAUCGUUCUAACCUGGGGAAAAAGAAGAUACAUGACCAUGCUCAGCUUCUCAGUGGGAUUGGCUUCAACAAUCGGCGUGUAGGAAUGGCGGCCUCGAAUUCCUUGUGUUCCCCAUCUUCAGUGGCUGUUAUUGAGGGUAAAAAAAAGAACAAUGUGGCUCUCGUAGGAGUGAUGUCACAUGAACUAGGCCAUGUCCUGGGGAUGCCUGAUGUUCCAUAUAACACUAAAUGUCCUUCUGGCAGUUGUGUGAUGAAUCAGUAUCUGAGUUCAAAAUUCCCAAAGGAUUUCAGUACAUCCUGCCGCUCACAUUUUCAGAGAUAUAUGUUAUCUCAGAAACCAAGGUGCCUGCUGCAAGCACCUAUCCCUAAAAACAUAAUAACAAAACCAGUGUGUGGGAACCGACUUCUGGAAGUGGGAGAAGACUGUGAUUGUGGCUCUCCUAAGGAUUGCACCAAUCAGUGCUGCGAAGCCUUGACCUGCAAACAGAAGCCUGAAGCUGACUGUGGGGACAUCCCCAACCAUAUCACAAAGUGAAUGAAAAAGUCUACUUCAUUGAGAGGGUACCUUGCCAGGACAAGAAUCAAGAACAUUAAUCAUGCCGGAAGUCUUGUGUAUUUUUACCUUUGUACUUAGAUAUAUUUGCUUUUCACUUGUCAGUCUACUUUCUAUAGAUUUACCAGUGCAGCCAACUGGUAAAUGGAUGUACUUAGAGAAGUUGCUUGUCUGUUUAAGCCUGAUCUCUCAUGUUUUUUUUAAAGAUCAUAAAGCUAUGACUUAGUUCUGUUCUAUGGAGAACAAAAGAUACUAGCUUUUGACCAAAACAUCUCAAAAAGCUCUGCUGAAUUAUUCAGAGUCAACCAAGAAUUGUAAAAUCACAGGUGAUUUGUACUUUAAGCCCUCUCUCGUUUUACUAAGAUAGCCUAUGAAAAAAUGAGAGCACUUGAUGGGUGAAGGCGUUGGCAGCAGAAAGGAGAGAAAGAUCAGGUUCCCUGUUCCUCCUCCGUGUUCACCUUGCUUUGCUCUUAUAAAUGUGGUAUUUUUCUAUAUCAUGGCAAGAAUAAAUAAAUAUAAACAUUUUUUCAUUUUA